UCUAUAUUUAAUUGCGUCAAUAACAAUACGACAACUAGAAGAGUUCUAGUGUGUCUUUCAACAUUUUUCAUGUUACCUAUUAUAUUAAAUAAAAAGAAAAUAAUGCUACUUUUCCCCUUAAAGCCAAAACUUUCUUCACCUUAUAUCACAAAUGUGGUUCUUAACAAUAGUAAAGCUUUACUAAUUUACACCUUAAUUUGACUCUAUAGACUAAAAUUCUCACCCUUUGUUCUAUUUUAUUUUAUCACACUUGAUAUAUAUACAUAUAUAUAUUGCUCUUUAAAGUCUCUCUCUCCUCUCCCUCUCUCUCUUAUUUUUUUCCUACCAAAAUUUUUUGUUGUGAUCUUAAGCUCAUUUACUCAAAUGGGAUUCUUAAAUUUCACUAUAUUACACCUUUGACUAAAAAAUUCUCAACCCUUUGCUCUAUUCCCACUUACAACAUUGCUCUUUAAAACUCUCUCUCUCUCUCAAAAAGAAAAAUAAAAAUUGUGUUGUGUUGAGUUGUUAUGGCAUCAAACGUUAAGUAUUUUCAAAGCCUUGGCAUAAUCCAAACAAGUUCAGCUCAUCAACAAGAGCUUUCUUCUUCUUCUUCUUCUUCAGGCUCAGCUUUUCCCAUACUAGUUGUAGCACUACUCAGCAUUAUGGGCACCACUUUGUUGUUAGCAAGUUACUACAUUUUUGUUGUGAAAUGUUGCUCAAAUUGGCACAUUUUCAAUCCCUUGAGAAGAUUUACAAUGUUAGCAACAACAACAGCAUCAACAACAGCAGCAGGGUCAAGGCAAGACGACGAGUCCUUCAUCGCCUUUUCACCAACAACAACAACUAAUUCAAUGUGGAACAACAGCAACAACAACAACAACAACACCAAUAAUCGCGGCCUAGAUGAGUCUAUCAUUCGCGAAAUCCCAACUUUUCAAUUCCAACAAAACGCAACAAUAACAACAAGUAAUUCUGUUUUCGGUUGUGUGGUUUGUCUAAACCAAUUUCAAGUACAUGACACUUUAAAAUCUCUUCCUAAUUGUAACCAUGCUUUUCAUUUGGAUUGUAUAGACAUUUGGCUUCAAAAAAAUUCCAAUUGCCCACUUUGUAGAACAUACAUUAAUACUAAUAACUUUGUUUCUUGUGCUCCAAGUAAUCAAAUCAUUAUAGCUCCAAGCUCUUCUCCUAGAGAUUUUCAGCUCUAUUCUUCUGAUAAUAGUCUUAUGGGAAGUGAUGAAGAUUUUGUGGUGAUCGAGUUGGGUGGUGAAGAACAAGAACAAGAACGAGAACAAGAACAAGAACGAGAACAAGUAACUAAUAAUAGAGUUACUAGUUACCUUUCUCCAAGAAAGUUGAAGAAGUGUCACCAUGUUUCUAUUAUGGGAGAUGAAUGUAUUGAUUUGAGAAUAAACAGAGAACAUAAUAAGGAUUAUUAUGAUAAUGAAGAAGAGUUCUCUGUUCAACCAUUAAGGAGAUCAUUUUCAUGGGAUUCAGCUACUGAUCAUAGACAACUUCAUUCAACUGUUGAAGAAAUCAUUAGUAAUAAUAAUAAGAAGAAGAAUUAUACAAGAACAUCUUUCUUUCCAUUUCUACAUGGUAGAGUUUCUUCUUGGAAUUCUAUUGUCCCAUUUGAGUUGUGAAUAGUAAGUUAUCUUAGAAUUCAUAAGAAAUCUUGACUUGGGUUUUGUUUUGAGUUGUAAGUUUUGUGGUAAAAUUGCAAAAAAAAAAGUGUAGUUUUCUCUUGAGUUGAUAUUGAAAGAUAAGGUUUUUGUUUGAG